AUGAAGUUCAGCCUGAAUCCAAUCACGCUCUCCCAUCAGCUUCGUCAGUUGGGCGAUCCCCGAACACGUGACUACCCGGUGGUGACGAACCCCCUCUUUGUGCUCACGCUGCUGCUGUCCUACCUGUAUUUUGUCAAGGUGGCCGGCCCUCGCUGGAUGAAGAACCGGGAGCCCUUCAGCAUCCUCAACAUCGUGCGCCUCUACAACUUACUCAUGAUAGCCGUGGGCAUCCGCUUCCUCUACCUGGUGCUAAAGUUCACCUACCUUCCGGGAGGCCACUACAACCUCUGGUGUCAGGGCAUCACGGGUCACAUGACCGACGAGAUGCGCGAAUACUACCGCACGGGCUGGAUCUACAUCGCGGUGCGCUACUGCGACCUCCUGGACACCGUGUUCUUCGUACUGCGCAAGAAGUUCGCCCACGUCUCACUCCUGCACGUGUUGCACCACACGAUCGUGGUCGCCAACGCGUGGUUCUUCGCGCUGUUCGCGCCCGAAGGUCAGCCGACCUUGAGCAUGUGCCUGAACGUGUUCGUCCACGUCGUCAUGUACUCGUACUACUUUCUGACGACCUUCGGUCCCUCCGUACGCAAGUACCUGUGGUGGAAGAAGUACCUGACCACACUGCAGAUUGUGCAGUUCGUCCUAAUCAUGAUCCACUUGUCCAUACCGCUCUUCGUCGAUUGCGGCUUCCCGAAGCACUUGAUCAUGUUGGGCAACGUGCAGACGUUCCUCAUUCUUUGCCUCUUCGUAAACUUCUACGCGAAGACGUACGUCGCCAAGCCCCGACAAAAUACCUGUAAUUCCAGCGUCUCGAACACGUCAUCGGAUAAACACCGCUUCAGCGCAUCCCGUACGGCAGAAACCUUACAGGGUAUCACCAUCUGAGCGCAACAUCAUCAACGAGCAAGUGCAGGAGAUGCUAGGAAAGGGAGUAAUUCAAGAAUCCGCGAGUCCCUGGGCCGCUCCCGUCAUUCUUGUGAAGAAGAAGGAUGGUACGUGGAGAUUCUGCGUUGACUAUCGCCGACUGAAUUCCGUAACCAAGAAAGACGUCUAUCCGCUGCCCCGUAUUGAUGACGCCAUCGACUGCCUGCAUUCCGCUUCCUACUUUUCUUCCGUGGAUCUGAGAGCCGGUUAUUGGCAAAUUCCGAUGCACCCAGA